AUGGUUAGAAGAACCUUCUGGACAAUCUUCGUCGCGAUCGUCUUAGAGUUGGUAAAUGCCCAAUCCAACAUUCCCAUGCAGAGCUUGCUGGGUGGUCACCUGAGCUGGGCGAUCGAUCGGAACUUCGCGCGCGAUCCCAACUCCAGGACGGUCCAGCUAACGCUAAGCACAGCCUUCACCAUCCAAGACGGGCUGGAGUGCUCUGUGACUGCACCGUUUGAGCAAGUGGUGUGCAAGCCUUCAGCCAACAACAACAUCUGUCCUGACCCUACCAACGGCUGCCAUGAAGCUGAGCUCUUCGGCGUGCUGUGUGUCGCUCAGCUCAUCCCCGACGCCUCGAGCUCUGGCGUCCUGCGAUCCAAGUACUACGUGUCAGGAGCGCAGUGCGGGCAUGACGUGAACUAUCAAUCUGUGAACGUGAGCACCAACUACAGCCGAGUGAAUGUGAGCCCGUCACAGCUCGGGAAGGCCAACAGGUUCAUCGUCACAAACCACUACACGCAGGCGAGACCAACUUCCACGGUUGACCGCAACUGGAUGCCCGCGGGGAAAGAAGUCUUGUCGGGGAAGAUGACCCACACCGUGCGGGUGGAUCAAGACGCUGUGGGGCUCGUGGCGUGGUUAGCUCCUCGUGCUCAGUACGACUCGCUCAUCCGUUCUCAGACGGGCCUGCUCCUCAAGCAAUGUCAGGCCAACAUGGACACAUGUAUGGCUAACCCCUGCAGUGAAGGGCGAAAAAUGUUUCUCAGUCAAGAUCCGGUUCAAAGUCAGACUGUAGGCAUCACUGGGGACUACUGGGUGAGCUUCAAGUCCCGACUUCUCUUCCCCUUCAGUCAGCCAAGCGCUGGUUACGAGAACACUCUGGUCAGCUUUUCUCCGGCCUUGGAGACGUUCGUACCUCUGUGCUCAGUCGGGUCUGGGUCAUACUCGUGCUCCAAGGGGCUGAGCAACUACUUCUCUCCUGUCGUUCCCUUCCCCCCCUUCAUCGAGAUCGCCAUCACUCCCUUCACCCGCUCCAGCUCGGCCUACAGAUACACCUUUGCAGCCUCCUCUUCAACUUACAACGCGCCUCACCGGGCCUUCCGCAUGCUCUCGUACGACUACGAUGGGCACCAAAUGUCGCAGUACUCGCCGAUGCUCAAGCAGGAGAUGCGGCAGAACGGCAACAAGAAGGCUGGUUCCGUCGAUAUCUGCAACGCCCGAGUCGACUGCAUCGACAACGACAACCCGAACCAGGGGGUAUGGCCGCUCGAUCCCAAGACAACGGCAGUGACGGGAUGCAAGUUCUUCUUCGAUGGCGAUCGGGAUGCGACCAAGAGGCAGGGAGGCUUGAUCAAACUUGACUUCAACUUCUCUCUAGUCCUCAGCUCAUCUACAACGCAAAACGUGAAGCAUCUCUUUACGCAGCAUGUAAUCGAUACUGUUGACUUUCCUUUCCUCGACGUGGACAAUCCCGAUCGAGCAUCCUGUGCUGAUCCUGUCACUGUCAAGCCUUACGUCGGGAAUUUGACGCUUCAGUACAACACCGAUGCCUCCUCCGUCACCCGUGCCAUGGUUCAGAACAUCUUCGCACUGUACGCGUGCGACGCAGGCUUGAAGAACCAGCCUCCCUGCUUCGUCGACUCCCUGGAUGCAACCACCUGCGGAGCCUCCAACUACUUCGAGUGCAACUUCUGGGAGCCCUGCUCCAUCCCCCUGUACGUCAAGGACUUCACAAUCACCAGCACGGGAGUCCAGCAGACGACCACCUCCUCGGAUCAGAAGGUCAUCGUCCGCUAUGCGGCAGGCUUCGAGAACUACCCCGAGACUUCGCUCACGCAGACCACGGGCGUCAAUGUGUUCGGCAGUGCCUCCUACCUCUACACUCACACACCGUCGGGUGACUGGCUGGGGAACAGGUUUCACUUCAGAUCGGCAGGGAACAUCUCGGUCAUCUGCUUCGUCGCUUAUGACGUGGACAGCACAGAGUCAGUGCUGAGCACAUCGGACGCCAAGACCUGCGCCUCCACUCCUCACUGCAUCAAGCUCAAGAUCGUGGCGAGCAAGCCCACCUUCGUCGUGCCGACCCCCCUCACUCCUUCCUACGAUGAUAACGCGCAGCUGAUCCCCAACCGACAUGACUUUGCGGCGUGCGAGGGAUGGUCCAAGGACCUCGUGCUGAGAGCGGCAGACUCGGUGACGAUGAGCAUCAGUGACGCUGAAUAUCAGCAGAGGAAGUUCCGAGUGUUCGUGAGGGACGUCGACGUCAAUCCUUCCUACUUCGACCAGGAAGUCUGCAGCAGCUCUUCUGCCUAUCACUUUCUCCCUGAUGGGGGACAGGGUAACUGGGACUUCUUCAGCUCGCAGAGUUUCUCCUUCCCUCCUUCGCUUGCUACCUGCGGUCAGUUCAACGGGUAUGGCGCUCAGAGGACGGGAAACAACGCAAUGCAGAUCUCACCAGAGGCGCAAGAGACAGGAGGCAGCGUCCUGUUCAAGACGGUGGCGUCCAACUAUGACGCCAAGGUCGAGUAUGCGGGAGGAACGGCAGAGCUGCGAGUGAGGUACGUGCCGGACGUAAGCGCGAGGAAUGGGAUCGAAGUGCACAAGGAGUGCGCGGCUCCUCUGGUCGAGGGACUCUUCAACUUCAGCUGCUUCCAGAAAGUUGUCAACAUGGACCAGACAAUCUGUGCGGUCGCCUAUGACAACUCGCGUCAAAUCUUCGGGCGAUGGGUGGGAGAGAGCGACCCCAACGGCGACGACCUGCCCGAGUGGCUGAGGGAUCACAGCAACGGCGACAUGGCCUCCGACGUCCACUGCUGGAAGAUUAAACUUGCUGCCCCCCCUCUCGUCUGGGUCCCCCAGCAGCGAGUCCGUCUGCGAGUCCAGCAGGAGUCGAGCUUCUUCUUCGUGGCUCAGGACCCCAACCCCGAGGAUGACAUUGAGAUCUUUAUCACCGGCAACCCAGGCCUCCCCCGCGGCGCCUCCGUUGACGUCUCGCGCUGUCACUGGCGGGAGGCGAACACGGAGGGUCUCUGCACCACCCCCGACCUCGUCGACCUCCAGCAGUACCACCAGCAGGACAUUAGAGUCAACUUCCAGCCCUCCAUCUCCUCCAGGUUCAGCUGGACUCCAGGCCCCGAUACAGCUGGAAUGACGUUCAAAGUGUGCGCGUCGGCGAGGGACAACAGCGAUACUUGCUUCAAUGCGGGGCCUGAGCUCGCCACGGCUCGCGGAUGGUUCAGCGCUCCUUCCUGCGUCUCGCUCGAGGUUGUUCCCCUACGCGUGCGCUGGGAGGGCUUCUUCUCCUCCCUCCCUCCCUCCUGGCGCUUCACCACCUACGUGGGCUGCUUGAACGAGAUCGUCAUCUCCACCUUCGACAACUCCGACCUCCUCGCCCCCGGAGAGCAGCGCUACGAGGUCAGCCCCCAGCUCACCUCGAGCAACCUCAGCUCUCUAGAGCAGUCGCGCACGGGGAACCAAAUCGUGGUCAGGUGGAAGCAGAACUUCGGAGAGGAGAGCUUGACCUUCUUGCUCUGCUUCGGGGCCAGCGAUCCUUACGGCAUCUUCCCCUCCCCCAUGAGCAAGGUAUGCCAUGGCGGAAGCCACGCGCUCUUGAGCUGCAUGGAGGACAGCGAGUGCGGAGGAGGCAUCUGCGCUGACGCCUGCGUGCACGUGCUGGUGGGGAAGUGUCAGUACUGUGUGGAGGAUCGAAGCUCCUUGACGUCGCUGGUUGGGGCGAUGGGAGUUGACGUCACCUGGUACCACCUGUGGGCCCUCAACAGCUUUCAGCCUCCUGCCCGCACCGCCAACGUCUCCGGCAUCCUCUUCCCUCCAUCGGCCCCUGUCAUGACUCGCAUGACCGACCCCGACAUGGUUGAGGUCAAGCAAGACCAGCGCCUGCGCAUCGGGAUCUCCUUUCAUGCGCUACCAGGCGAGAGCGUUGGACAACUUGCAGCGAGGUUCCGGACUACAGCAAAGAUUCUCCUUCAGAUGAAUCCUGAGCUGGACCCGCUCCAGCCCUUCCAGUCCUCUCAGCCCCAGAUGUCGAAUUCGAAUCCGGCGAGGGCGAGGCUGGUGAGCAAGGCAUGUGAGGGCUGGGCUCAGCUGUUCGAAGAGGAGGAGGAGGAGGAGAGGCUCAGCUCUUCCCUGCAGUUCAAGGCGCCGAAGCAACCUCGACCUGCCUCCGACUUGAUGUCUGCUCCUCCCGACAUGCCUCCUGUCUUGCCUCCUCCUCGCCGACCCUCCUCAGCCUCUCCCUCCAUCAUCUUCGCCUCCACCUGCCAUCCCUUCCGCCUUCUCGAUGGCUCCUUCCAAGCCGUCGCGGUGCCUCCGGACCGGGCAGGGCCCGACGGGUCACUAGGGGUGGUGGUGAUGGGGACCGGAAAGGAGGGGAUGAAGCUGCUCGUGUACGACAGGACCAAAGCUCCGGUUAUCUCGCAUGACAUCGCCGUGAGCUUUAAAGCCGUUCCUCAAGCCAGCAACUACGUGUCCUUCGCUGACUCUUCCAACACGGUUUGGAGCAUUGGUCUCAAAAGCGGGGAGGAUGUG